CGGUCAGGAUUCCAUUUAACCAUAUUGAAGGUACUGUUUUGCCAAAAUUUUAGAAAACAUAUUCAAACUGUAAACUUCGAAAUACUUAUAAAAUUUAUGUUGACUAAAAUUGAUGAUAUGUACACAUUUAACAUUACACUAAUUAUUGUUCAAAAAAAAAACAUUGUACCAAAUACAAAUUAUUAAAAAAGUAGAAGAUUACCUAACCCUUUAUUAUAUAUUAUUACACGCACGUUAUAAAUAUCUCCGCCUUUGGAAUUGGAGCUGUCUUGUGUAUAAAAAUAUUCAAUUCCUAAAAGCCAAUGCGAUAAAUCCAACUUUUGCUCUUACAUCCAUCAUUUCAGCUCCAAUUUAACUAAGUUCUAAUUUGAUAUCAAGAAACUUCCUCUCCAAAUACUUAUAUAUGGAGACAAAGGGUAGGAAAGUUGUUUUAACGAAGCCUAUAUCAAUAGAAUGUGUUGAUUCUUAUGAUGAAUACAAAGCCCCUAAUAUGCUUCGACGUGCUCUUAGUCUAUUGAAAGAUGUACGUCCAGGAUCCGAUUUAACUCGUUUGCAGUUGCCACCAAUGUUCAACAUUCCAAAAUCACAUUUACAAUGUUAUGGAGAGUCGGUAUACUGUAUUAGUGAUGAUUUGUUAGGGAAGUGCAACACUAAAGAAAGCCCAAUAGAGAGGUUCAAAGCAGUUCUUGCAUGGAACAUAUCUACUCUGCGCCCUUUACUCUUUGGAGUUUCUCCUUAUAACCCCAUUCUUGGAGAGACCCAUCACGUAUCUAGGGGAUCUCUUAACGUUCUCCUUGAGCAGAUUUCACAUCAUCCACCUGUAACUGCACUUCAUGCAACUGAUGAGAAAGAGAAUAUUGAGCUCUUGUGGUGUCAACAUCCAGUUCCAAAAUUCACUGGUACUUUAAUAGAAGCUAAGAUGCGAGGACAAAGAGAGGUGAAGCUUAUGAAUCAUGGAGAGACUUAUGUGAUGAACUCCCCAAGCCUUUUAUUCAAAUUCUUUCCACCAGGAGUUGAGUGGGGAGGUAGUGAUUGGCUAAGAUGCCAUGAAACAGGUCUUGAAGCUGAGUUAACCUUUGGAGGAAAAUCAUUUUUAGGACUUAGAGGAACUCCUAGAACAAUCAAAGGAAAGAUAUUUGAUUCCUCUUCUAAUAGACAACUAUUUGAGAUCAAUGGGCAAUGGGAUAAAAGUGUCACGCUGAAGGAUUUAAGAAAUGGCGAGGUCAAAGUUUUGUACAAUGCAAAAGAAAUCACUUCAGGACUUAAAACUCCCAUUGUGAAAGAUCUAAAUGGGGUAUGUCAAAGUGAAUCAGCUAUGGUUUGGAGUGAGGUGAGCCAAGGAAUCAUGAGCAAAAAUUGGGAAAAAGCUAGAGAAGCAAAGAAAGAAAUCGAGAAGAAUCAGAGAGUGCUUCAAAAAGAAAGAAAAUCCAAGUCUGAAACUUGGGUUCCGAAAUAUUUUAAUGUGUCUUAUAGCAAGAAAAAUGGAUGGAACUGCUCACCUUUACAGAAGACCAUCCCACCAGCUCCUAUUGUUGUACCAUUGAACUUUUAAAUAUACAAUAUUAACCAAAACAUAAAUCUACAUGCUAUAUCUACAACUAUGGAAAAACAUAUGCACCUGUACUUUAUAAGAUUAAAUAUUUUGGGGUAAUGCAACAAUGCACCCUCUUAAAAGGGAUGUACUGAUACACCUUUUGACUUGUUUCGGCAUUCAGAAAAAAAAUUUAGUCU